AGGCGAGCGCGAGAGGGAGAGAGCGCUUGUGUGUCUCUCUCGCCCGCCGAGGCUGGUUGGCUGAGGGGACCCGGCGGGCGCUGCCUUGGGGGCGGGAACCCAGCGGAGCCGCCCGGAGCAGCAGCAGCAGCAGGAGGAAGACGAGGCGGCGGCGAAGAAAGAAGAAGUAGCCGCCGAAGUAGCAGCCUCCGCCUGAGGGAGGAGAGAACGGGGCGCCAGGCGGGAGAAGGUCCGGUGCGGGACAGGCGCCACCCAUGAGCCGCCUCAGAGGCCGGAGCGGGCGGUGAGGAGAGGAGCUCAGGCGGGCAGGCAGGGACGCAGCCGGAGCCGCCUGCUUGCUCGCUCGCCCGGCCCAGCGCCGCUGCGGCGCAAGGCAGCAGGCGGCGUCAUGGACUGGCUCAUGGGGAAAUCCAAGGGAAAACCAAAUGGUAAAAAGCCAGCACCAGAAGAAAAGAAACUCUACCUAGAGCCGGAAUACACGAAGUCAAGGAUUACUGACUUUGAAUUCAAAGAGCUAGUCAUGCUACCACGGGAAAUAGACCUUAAUGAGUGGCUAGCUAGCAACACAACAACCUUUUUCCACCAUAUCAAUUUACAAUAUAGUACAAUCUCUGAAUUUUGUACGGGAGAUACAUGUCAGACCAUGGCAGUGUGCAAUACACAAUACUACUGGUAUGAUGAGCGGGGAAAGAAAAUCAAGUGUACUGCUCCUCAAUAUGUUGACUUCGUCAUGAGUUCAGUGCAGAAGCUAGUAACAGAUGAGGAUGUCUUUCCUACAAAAUAUGGCAAGGAAUUCCCCAACUCUUUUGAGUCUCUAGUGAAGAAGAUCUGCAAGUACCUGUUUCAUGUGCUAGCCCACAUCUACUCCUCACACUUCAAGGAAACGUUGGCACUGGAGCUGCAUGGACAUUUGAACACACUCUACAUACACUUCAUCCUAUUCAUCAGGGAGUUCAACCUGGUGGACCCUAAAGAAACCACCAUCAUGGACGACCUCACGGAGGUCCUCUGUAGCACCAGUGGGAGCAGCAGCAGUAAUGGGAGCGGCAACGGCAGUGGUGGCAGCAGCAGCAGCAGCAGCGGCGCAGGAGCACAGAACCAUGUGAAGGAGAGAUGAGUCCCAGCAGGAGCAAAACUAAUGCUAACAUUUUUUAAAAAAAACAAAACACUCUAUAUUCUUUGUGUGUAUGUAUAUGUGCAUAUUGUGUAUAUAUAUACAGACAUACACAGCCAUGACAGUUUAAGCAAUUAUGCUGCCACCACAGGACAUGUAGACGUAUGGAGCUUUCGUUUAAAUGCAUCAUCCUUGGCGAGAAGUUGCACCAGUUCUAUUUUAUUUUUUUCCUGCUCCCUUCUUUCUUUUUCUCCCCUAUCAGAUGGAUGAGUGCUGUUUUUAGAGAAGAACCACAAUUUUUUUUGAGUUGGGCUACCGCUUUGUCUUCUUUUGUUCUGCCCACUUCUCCUCUCCCUUGGUGGGGUGGGGGGAGUCCUUUAAUGCAAGCCCCUUCUGUCUGUCUCUCUCUCUAGGAUGGUGGUACUGCCAUUUUAUAAAUGUUAUAAGAAGUGACUUUUACUUGUAAAGUGGCUUAAGAUGCAGAUAUUUUGUUUUGGAGGCGGGGGAGGGCUUGAGAUUUGUCUUGUUUCUCCUUAAAAGGGCCCAUUUCCUUUCCCUCCUCUUAGGCUUUUUGCAUCUAGCCCUUUGCUGGCUUGUACUGGGAAGAGUUUUGCCUCAACUAGAGUAGCAAUAAGGCUCCCACUAAUCGAUGUGGCUCGCCAGUCUGCCUGGUGAUCUUGAAAGAGCAUCUACAAACAUGUUUUGCUUAUUGCUUCUAGUUCCUCUGCCCAACUGCCCCCCACCCCCGGCUUCUCCUUCCCAGACACAAACAUCAGAAUUAAAAUAGUGGGGAAUUGAGCCUAAAUGCAGUGGUUGAGCAGGGGAAGCCUGGGGCAGAUGGAAAGGGGCAUACAGUGUAUCACCACCUGUGCUAGAGAGAUGGCUGUUGGUAUAUAAUUAUAUUGUUGGCUUAUUUUAGUUCAUCUGUCCAAUAAUAAUAAAAAACUUCUAUCAGGUA